AUGGCUGCUCGAGACGGCGCGGGACAGUACGAGGAUGCCUUCCGCCCCCAGCGCCUGCAGAACUGGGGCGUGCCCCGGCACGGCCACCAGCGCCCCUCGCCGCGGGAAGGUCCUACGCAGAUCGUCGCCAAUGACCGAGGCCACCUGCUGCCCGCCGUGCCCCGGUGCCAGGCCUCCCCGUGGGGCACAUUCGUGGGGACGUGGGACAUGCCCCCGCGGAUCCCCCCAGCCAGGCUGGACCUCACCUCCCGCUCGGCCGCCGCCGCCGCCCGGCUGCUGCAGCGGAGCCGCCAGCCCUCGGCCCUGACCCGCGCCUGCAACGGCCUCCGCACGCAAGUCACCGGCAAGCUUCAGCAGCCUGGGCUGGACACACAAACCUCCAAGGAGCCUUCCCAGGGGAGCAAACAGGCACCCGGAGAGGACUCUGCAAUCCCAGCCUCUAACCCAGCCCCCAUGACCCCUGCUCCUCGGGAGGCCUCUCCUCGGGAAGCCACCGAGCUGCAGGGCUCUGCUCCCAUCCCGGGGGGCUCCGCAGUGGGGAGCAAGGAGAACAGAAACCCCCAGCUCCAGGCAUCACCUGGGGCAGCACAGGGAGAGGCCCCUGCAGAGCCAUGA